GUGGAUCUUAACACUGGAAUGCAGACACUUAAUCCAGGUAUGCGUGGUGAAAUUGUCAUAUCACCAGGUUCUCUCCAUUUGCAGACCCCAAUUUGUGAUGAUCCUAAUGUGGUUACAAGGUUUCCAAUCCCUAAUGAAAAGGCUAUACGGAGGAAAAAAGCCAAACUAUCAACUGGGGUCCAAUUGAGGGAAAUUAAGAUGUCUGGAAAUGGUACAGAAGUAAGGGCACCUACUAAAUUACCAUUUCAGGCUCCAGGAAUGCAAUUCAGAGGAAGACCUUCAGUGCUUGAGAAACAUUUAC